AAGACUAUCCAAUGAACUUGUCAAUAAAGCGAUAAAAAGCAAAUGAAUAAUAUAACACUUUACAACGCGUUUGUUGUAAAGAUCAUCAUUUGUCGUUUAGAUCCUCAUCCAAAUGAAUUUAAAUUUGACUCACCUGGAUUUUUCUCCAGCGCAAAACUUUUUCAACACCUAAAAAAUGGAUUUUAAUAUCUUGUGUAGUGAUAAAACUUGGAUUAAACUAUUUUUUCUUGUCUGGAUUUUUGCCUCAUCUUUUACAAACGGGAAUUGGAUGUAUCUUGGAAUGUCAUCUGUGGCAGUAGACACACAGCAAACUGAAAAAUGUAACACGGUGCCUGGACUUGUUUUAGAACAAUUAGAUUUAUGUCAAAGAAAUCCUGAAUCUCUCCUAUGUGUUAGUGAAGGAGCUAGGCAAGCUAUUCACGAAUGUCAGAACCAGUUUAGAUUUGAACGCUGGAACUGUACAACAAGCCAAAAUUACAGUGUGUUUGGUCCUAUAAUGACAAAAGGUACCAGAGAGACUGCCUUUAUCUAUUCCAUAUUAAGUGCUGGUGUGACUGAUUCUGUAACCAGGGCUUGUAGCGCCGGUAACCUGACAGAUUGUGUAUGUGAUCCCACCAAUGAUGGCAAGAACUCUGUAGAAGGAUGGGUGUGGGGCGGAUGCAGUGACAAUGUACAAUAUGGACUACAUUUUAGCCGAAAGUUUGUUGAUGCACCGGAAGUGCUUAAACACCAAGAUACGCAAAGUGUUAGAAAUAAAAUGAAUAUUCAUAACAACGAAGUAGGACGACGGACUGUGAGAGAUAUGAUGAGGCUUCGAUGUCGUUGUCAUGGUGUUUCGGGAUCAUGUGAAAUUCAAACAUGUUGGAAGAGUUUACCAAAAUUUAGCACUGUUGGAGCGAAACUAAAAGAAAAAUACGAAAUUUCAGUGAGAAUAGCUGGUAGAUCGAAAAGAAAGCUAAGACCCAAAACACCAAAACGUCAUAGACAAGCCCGAACCGGACGCAAGAAAAGAUUAUCAAAAGACGAUAUGGUGUUUGUCCAUAAAUCUCCAAACUUUUGUACGCCAAAUCCUAUAAAAGGUAUUUUAGGUACGGAGGGUCGCCUUUGUAAUAGAACAGGUUCAGGACCUGAAAGUUGUGAUUUGUUGUGUUGUGGUAGGGGAUAUAAUACUCAGGUUGUGAGACUAACAGAUAGAUGUCAAUGUAGAUUUAUUUGGUGUUGUUAUGUUGACUGUAAAACUUGUGAGACAUUGUUUGAUAGACAUACCUGUAAAUAAAAUAUAGGACUGGUAAUUCGAAUAAAAUCUGGCGAUUAUUCAUUAUGCAGUAAUUGUAUCGUUUAUAGACCGUUAUCAACGUUGCCAGUCGAAUCUUGGUACUGUUUUAAGUAACCGUAAUGACAGCUUAGGACAAUAGACCUUUCAAUGGAAUGAAUACACGUGAAUGUGUAAGACAAAGUGAAAAUUGUACAAAUCGAUACAUUUCACGAGAGACUUUCGAUGGAUAGUAAAUAUACUGUUUGAACAGUGAUACCUCAUAGUUUUUGAUCUGUCAAAUGUGUAAUAAACUUGCAGCUAAUGCACGUACAUAUGUUCUUUGCAACCGUCGAACAACGUUUCGACCUAAACUUAUAAUAAUGCAAUUUCUGAUUAUAUUUAUUGAGUUAUAUAUAAUUAUCUGGAGUAAUACGAAUUCAGUAAUUCUCAUUUCAAUUCGAUUUCUCGACUUUAUAGUACGUUGCAAUAGUAGAUGGUGGAGAACCGGCUAUUUGACUGGAUUGUCUCCCUUUGUUAAAUUUUUGGUUACUAUUGCCCGUCAGCUUUAUCUUAUGUUCUUACGGUAAAUUUUAAAUCACUUAGAUCUAAAGAUCGUUUGGAUAUUGUUGUCCCAAAGUUUGGAAAAAUGAAAGGGUUUUUGUCAUUGGGAAUGGGACUGAAUACCGGACCCUAUUGAAUAAAU